AUGCCAACAGCGCCGCAUGAGGAUGCAAAGAUCACUGACGUGAAGCACCUCGCGUCGUACAAUUGGAUUGAAGCUCUCCAUCCCACGAUCGCGGUCCCAGGAAUGCCUCCGCGAUGGCUUGAUGUAUCAUUACCCAAACAGCUACCGAAAGACACUGGGCUAUUCUACAUCGCCCAGAAUGCCGCUCGGCACCCAAAAUACCCGAUGGAGCCGCUUUUUCGUGCCAUUCAGGAAGAACAUCCGAACUUCAAUUACGGAGAUGUCGGCAUCAUCAGCGAUCGAAACAACCUCCGCAAGCUGUUAUCCUUUGUUGAUCCCGCAACCAACAAACACGCUUCUGAUGACUUCACGAUCGACGCUGAAUGCAUCGGCGAUGCCGUUGUUCUCAACAGAGUUGAGGCUCACACCCAAGAAAUUAUUGGGCCGAACGACUUCCGUGGUUAUGGCCACGAAUUCGAAAAAGCAUACACGAAGUGUGAGAUCAGCGAGAGUACUGGUCACUACAGAGUGGUCGGCUACCAAUUUUUUGGAGUGAAUUAUCUUGUCAGACACGCGACUGAUGGAUUUGUCGGGGCGCACGGCGGGUCGGAUGUCGAUGACAGCGACAUAUUGGAUAAGCUCGUAGGUCUCUCCAUCGCUGCAUCGAAGAGUUGCAAAACAUCCGGCUCAGAUCUCAUCCUUGUCAAGCGCGGUAAAUUGGUACCGAUCGGGAACACCCUCGAGGUCAAGACUAGGGUCUCCCACAAACCCCUCUCGCUGCAAGAAGUUGUACCUCAGCUAUGGAUAUCCCAGACUCCUCUCUUGGUUCGUGCACUCUACACGAAGGGUCGUUUUCCAGUGCCAAACGUGGAGAAUGUCAAGGCAGAGAUUACGAUGUGGGAAAUUACUCAUCAAUCCAGUCUUCAGAAGCUGGCGAGAUUGAUGUCAAGAAUCAUAGAUGCCGUCAAGGACUUCAAGCAUGCAAAGAUAGAGUAUAGUGCUGCACAAAAAUUGCUGACCAUACGACCAGUUGAUGCCGUUGACAUGCUGCCAGAGGACUUAUAUCCCAUCUUGAUGGCUCCACCACCUUCUUCGAUCUCGCCUGAGGAGCCCGCAAAAUCUCCGACUUUGCUCCGGAUUGGCAGCGACACCUUUCGAGUGAACAUGGCCAAGUUCCCAGCUCUUCCGUCUUUUGCGCUUUCCGGGCACGAUUUAUCGUCCUCCGAAACAAAGCUCUACCGUUCGAUUCCAUAUUUCGACGUGUUGCUGAAAGGCGUGGACCUUGGCUUUCGGCAAUGCUUUCGCAGCCUCGGAACAAAUAUAUUUUCCUACCAAGCACUUUGUAAGACCAUCGAUGAGCUUGGCGUUGAUGUCCUGGAAAAUCAAACCCUGAACGAUAUCACGACGAAUUUGAAAGCUGGAAAAUCCGACGAUUACGAGGACACGACCGGCAACAAGAGGCUUGCAAGAGACUCGGCCUUCCGGUUGGUGUACUAUGUGCUCACCGACCGAUUCACCCCCGACUCGACGCUCGAGAAGAACAAGAUCUACAACGCGGUCCAAUUCGUCAUUUCGCAUUACCGAACCUUCGGGUACAAGAUCAGACACAUUACUCGCGCGGCAUUCGACCUCAAGAUCCCGGUCUCCUUCAAGCAGCGGGCGACCCUGGACAAGUGGUCGAAGGACAGUGACCAGGACGAAGAUGAUGCCACGACUGAAUCGGACUCGCCGUACAACUCCGGUUAUUAUGACUUCGAUUCUGACUCGAGCUGA